GGCAGAUACUGGACAGGAGAUAAGGAGGGAGUCAACUGGUCUGAAGGUCAAUAAAAGCUGGUGUAACGUGUUGACCACCGCAUCCUGCGUCAGCUCCAACAACUGGCUUUAGCUUCUUCUUCUAACCGGGUGGAUAAGUAAGGUCACAGCCACCGCUCCACUCUCCAUCACAAUGCCUCACCGCACCUGCUCCGUGGAGAUCAACAACAACUCCAGCUGCUACACACUCUCCAACCCAAGGGUGUUCACUGAGAGCGGCUGCUGUGAAGUCCCCCUAGCACCCAUGGUGGCUCCCUGCUCAAACGCCAGCGCCUUGUUCAACAAGACCAGCGGCAGCGCCACCGGGGCCGUCGGCGUCUUCACCUACGACCUCUUCAACGCCGACCUCUACGACUACAGCCACUCCAUGGCUGUCAUGUUCUCCGUGCCCUACGACCGGAACCUCUACUCCAACUGGUUUGCUGUGGGCAUCUUUGACAGAGGGAGCAACUGCGAUUACAAUCUUUACGAUGUCAUGUACAACGGAAGUGAAAAUUGUUUUGUAAGAGCAAAGGCCGACGGCUCCAGCAUUUCUUAUGAGGGAGACUACGCUGUGGUCAGUGCCUCCAUGUCAGACAGUGGUGAAGCAGUCCUCAGGGUGGAUAUCAGUGACACUGGCAUGUAUUAAGACAAAGGAAGCCGUGUCCUACUGUAGCUGUCAAAGCCACAUCAGAGGAUGAGAGUAAUUGUAAUCAAAUAUUUCAACUGCUUAAUGGAUCCCUGCUCAGCUGUUCUAGCCAAGGUUUCUUCUUUGUUUCUGGUGGGUGAGGUUAUCACAUUAUGCCAAUGUGAGGAUUUUAGGACAGAGCAUGUUUCAUGUGGUCAGACUGUAAAGGCACAUUUGUAAUUUGGGGCUAUAGAAAAUAAAAUGGCCACUAGCUGCA